GAGCACACUUUUUACGAUCGUAUCAAUAGCACCAAUUUUCUCGUUUCUUAACAUUCAAUUUUGAAGACAUGAAAACCAUCAUCUUUCCCGUUUUUAUCAAACUGAUAAAUCUGAAUGUCCUAUAUGACACUACGCAUCAAACUGUUAUUUUCACUCUAGGCUUCCUCCAGAUUUGAUAUAAGGAAGAAAGUAGAUAGAAUCGUACAAAUGCAGUCUCUGACUCCGCGUUUGGUACCAAGGUAACGAUAACAAAUGCAUAAAUCAAAGGCAAUGCAGCAAGCGCAUAAAGGAGAAAAAGGCUAACUCAUCAUCGUCAACACUUCGUUCCAAAAGGGAACGAGAAAAAGAGAAAGAGAGAGAGAGAGGGGGGGGGGAAGCGGUCAUGGGGACCUUUCCUAAGAUUUCUUUCACACGAGCACCCACACUCCAAUUCACACAGCGAUCAAGUGAGGCGAGCGAGCGAAGGUCCCUUCCGUUUACGUUACUCUUGAAGGUUGUCGAGUCUCAUUCAGGGUUUGAAGGCCCAACAGUGAAGUCAUGGAUGACGCUCAAUCCCUUCGAAUCACCAACGAUUCCACGGAGAACAUCUUCGCCCCCAUUUUCGCUUGGAGCGCACCCAAGGUCUUAGGCAUGACCCUCUACCUGUUGACCGAGACCCUGGGGAACACAUUACUGAUAGGGAUCAUCUGGUACGAAAAGUGCGGAUCCGAUCCGAGCACUCGGACCCUGAUCAAUAAGCUCACAUCAGCAUUCUGCACAAUGCUUCUGACUAUGAACCUCACGUUAACGAACUAUGUGGCCUACGUGCAUUUGACUGGUCCCAGUGGGGUUCGAUUGUGUUCCCUGUCGAUCUUUUGUUCCAAUUUCUUUUUGUGCCUUGGCCUGUUGUACUUGGACACUAUCAUUAUCUUGCGGUACAUGUACAUUUUCUGGUGGAAAAACGUGGGUGCCAUCAACGACCAAGCCUUCUCUCUGUUCUCAACUGUCAACAACAUUGUGAUCGCGUUCCUCAUUGGGAUCAUCUUGUACAUCCUGGGAUUCAAUCAAAACAUCAACUACUUCAUAUGCUCGGGCCAAGACCCAAGACAACCCAAUCUGGACGCGGUUUGGAUCAAAGUGUCGCCGUUGUUCUCAUUUGAUAUAUUCUGCCUCUUACCGGCUUUGAGUUGUGCCAUCCAUUUAUUCAUUUUUAUCAAGAUUUAUUUCUACAACCGAGCGGAAAAUGCGAAACGAAAGAUCCAAUUGAACAUUCUCAAUUCGCCCGAGCAGAAUCGGAACAUUUCGGAUUUGGCCACGAGCAUGUUGUCCAUGUGCUUAAUCUUUGUGAGUUCCAUUCCCAUGGCUCUAAUCAUAACCUACUUCAAACCGACCGAAUUGGGAGAUUCCACUUGGGGACAGUUGUGCGUGUUCCUGGCACAUUUCGGCAUUCAAUUCGUGACCUCUAUUCCAUUGAUGUUGAUCUACUACGCUCGAAAUGACGGCCUUCACUCGACGGUGUGGAGGAAGCUGUCCCGCGGGUUCGCCAGAUUGAACUGCGAUCCUAGCAGUCUGGAGAUGUCAGAAAAGUUGAGACGGUUCCAGAUCCUUCGAUCACGCGGGGAUCCAUCCCAAGAAGAAGAUAUUCCUCUGGAGCAGCUUUAAUGCUACGAUUAUGCUGUCUGUUUGUUCUGUAGUGACAUGUGUGUGUAUGUACAUGUACAUGAAUAUCAGGCCAAAAUAUAUCACGUGAAGCCUGCUCUUGAGCAAGCUGAGCAGGAACAGCACAAUGGGAUGGAUAACAGUGGACCUUUUUUUUUGCACAUCAAAGCGAGUUGUCAUCAGGGCAAGGAGCAGAACAAGGUUAGCUUUCAACGAGGCGUGUAACGCGAAGACACAACAAAGUCCAACUGACGACAAUUGACCCCAAGUACACUGAACAAAAUCGUGCUAAGAAGAUGCGCACAAUUUUCUGCGACUUGUGAUUAAACGUAUGAGAGUCAUCCACAAUUGGAAU